UCCAAACGUAGUCGUUUGACUGCUCGAAACCACUGACUAGCUAGGGUUUUAAUUGAUGACGCCCACGCCCAUAACAGGCCCAUCUCCCUACUUCAGUUUCUUUCGCGCGUUGCUGCUGUGAGUGUGCAGAUUUGGGAUUGCUCUAGAGGGAAUAGAAAAUGGGGAUUUCUCGUGAUUCUAUGCACAAGAGACGUGCUACUGGUGGCAAAAAGAAAGCUUGGAGGAAAAAGAGAAAGUAUGAACUCGGAAGGCAACCUGCAAGCACUAAAUUGUCAAGCAACAAGACAGUCAGGAGGAUUAGGGUUCGAGGAGGAAAUGUAAAGUGGCGUGCUCUGAGGCUUGAUACUGGAAACUACUCAUGGGGCAGUGAGGCUGUGACCCGAAAGACCAGAAUUCUUGAUGUGGUGUACAAUGCAUCUAACAAUGAACUGGUUCGUACUCAGACUUUGGUGAAGAGUGCCAUUGUUCAGGUUGAUGCUGCGCCUUUCAAGCAGUGGUAUCUCCAGCACUAUGGUAUUGACAUUGGCCGGAAGAAGAAAACCACAGCUGCAAAGAAGGAAGGAGAGGAAGGUGAAGCUGUUACUGAGGAGGUCAAGAAGAGCAACCAUGUACUGAGAAAGUUGGAAAAGAGACAACAGAUUCGCAAGCUUGACCCACAUAUUGAAGAGCAAUUUGGCAGUGGCCGUUUAUUAGCUAGUAUUUCAUCACGUCCUGGUCAGUGUGGCCGUGCUGAUGGGUAUAUCUUGGAGGGCAAAGAGUUGGAGUUCUACUUGAAGAAGAUACAGAGGAAGAAGGGCAAGGGAGCUGGUGCAUAAAAUUUUGUUUCCCAAACUUGUAAUUUCCGAGUAGGCUUCUUCAACCUUCACCUUAUAUUUUCCCUUCUUUUGGAUGUUGAACUGAUGGUGAGAUGAGAAAUUGAACUUUGAAAACCUAUAAAAUUGUUGAGGUGUCCAUUAGAAUCAUAGUUUGGUCCCUGUCCAGUAAUACUCGUGUUUUGGUUUUGACUCAAUGAAUUACUAAUCGUUCUUGUCCA